AUGCUUUCUUCCACAGCAUGCUUCACCUUCAUCUUUCUCCUCUGCCAGCUCACAGGGCCAGCAGCCUGUGGAGUACUGAAAAAGCUAGUUGGUGCCCUUGGUGGGUCUGUGAAUUUCCCACUGAAUCUCUCAGCAGAUCCAAUUGACAGCAUUAUCUGGGUCUUCAACACAACCACUCUUGUCACCAUACAGCCAAAGUUGGCAGACAAAAAAGCCCUUAUCAUAGUGACCCAACAUCGUAACAAGGAAAGGGUGAAUUUCCCACAUGAAGGCUACUCCCUGAAGCUCAGCAAACUGAAGAAGAAUGACUCAGGUGUCUACCGUGUGGAGAUACACAGCUCAACCCUCCAGGAUCCCCUAACCCAGGAGUAUGAGCUGCGUGUCUAUGAGCACCUGUCAAAGCCCAAAGUCAUCAUAGGUCUGCAGAACAAUAAGAAUGGCACAUGUAUAACCAAUCUGACAUGUUCCAUGGAACAGGGAGGAGAGGAUGUAACUUACAGCUGGAAGUCCCUGGGACAGGUGACCAAUGAGUCCCAUAGUGGCUCCACCCUCCCCAUAUCCUGGAGGCAGGAGAAAAGUGAUAUGACCUUCAUCUGCAUGGCCAGAAACCCCAUCAGCAGCAACUCCUCAAACCCCAUCUUUGCCUGGAAGCUCUGUGAAGGUGCUGCUGGUGGCCUGGCUACCACUGUGAUCCUCAAACUCCUGUUGUCACUCACCCUGCUCUGUUUCAUUGCACUGGUACUAAUUAUUUUGAUCAUACGAAGAGAAAGAAGAAAAGAGUCCAUUGAAGAGAAGAAGGGACUGAACCUUCAUCCAGAAACUCUUAACUACUCCCCCACUUUUGGAGAGGCCUCGGAGUAUGACACAAUCUCUUACUUAAAUAGCACUGUACCAGAGGAAAAUGCAGUAAAUACACUUUAUUCCACUGUGCAAAUACCCCCAAAGGUGGAGAAAUCCCACUCACUGCCCACGUUGCCAGACACACCAAGGAAAUUUACCCAUGAGAAUGUCAACUAAGCAGCCAUGUGCUCCAAAGAAAAUGGUCAAAAGAUUUCACUGACUUAAUCAAAAACAUCAAGGAAGAAUGAAGGACACUGACUUCCUUCCAGAAUAAAGUAUCCCUUAGGCUCCUACAGACUUAAGAGUUCCCAAUCUGGGAAUUUCCUGGUGGUCCAGUGGUUAGGACUCUGUGCUGUCACUGCUGAGGUCCGGGGUUCAAUCCCUGGUUGGGGAACUAAAAUCCCACAAGCAGUGUGGUGAGGCCAAAAAAAAAAAAAGAGAGAGAGAGAGAGUUCUUCAUCCUACCCACUGCUGAGAAAUCUCUUCAAAUCCAGAAUCCCUCCUGGAAAUGUGAUUGGGAAUUUAUCAGCCAACUCAAAGCAAGGGCUUAGAAGCAUCUCUGUUGAAAUGUAAAUGCGGUUUCACACAUUUGAAUGACAGCUCCCCUUCCAGGGUUUGGAGAUGAGGAAUAUAUCAAGGGUUAGGUUGCCAAGAGGGCAAGAACUUCGG